AUGAAAGUUAUCAAGGAAAACGCAGCGCUUCUGAGCAAUUACGAAGUGCUGAAGCUCCUGAAAGAGUUUCAAAGCGACAAAAAAGGUAGCAAAUCAUCGAAAAGCCUUCAAAAUCUAGCAACGGUCUCUUACGAGACCGUUGCUUACCUCGAAAAUACGCCAUGCGCACAGCAGACGGACGAGUGCGUGGAAAGCUUCUUGAAGGAGAUCCUGGCCACUUCGUUUCAACUUACCAAAGCUGAAAAACUGCAGUUGAUCAAUCAUCGGCCGACAACGUUCGUCGAGAUUCAGUUGCUCAUCGAAGAGAGUGAAGAAAGAUUGUCCGAAGACGACAUGCAGACCAUCUUAGAUAUCGUCCAACGAACUCUUCCAGGUGGACAGGACGAUCUGGUAGAAGAGGAAGAAGAGAACGGAGAAGAUGUGGAGAUGGAAGAAACGGAGUGA